AUGCUUUCCAGCAGCACAAGGAUCAGGCCACUAAAUGCCACCUGUGACAGCUUGGUGGACAUGGAGCUUUUCCUCCAUUACUCCCUAAUCCCAUCAUUCUUCAUCAUCUUGGUCUUGUCCUUUCUCCAAAAACGAGAGAGCCAUAGACAGAGAGAUGACACUUCUUGCCUCCUGGGGAGCCACUUUGGAAUCAUCAUACCUCUGGACUUCGUGGGCACGUUUAGUAACCGAUGGUCCUAUGGAAUUGCCUUUGGGGCCACAGCCAAUAAGGUCAUGUUUUUGUUCUCAGAAGGCUACGAGCCCCUGCAGGUCCCACAGUGGGCCAAAGCCUUUGUACUGCUCAUCGGAGGUAUCGAAGUGGGCCUGUCCCACUUUCCCUUUUUUGCCUGCCUCUCUUCGGAGUUCCAGCUGGUCAGCUCCAUCCUCGGCUUCAGCUACACUCUGAUCUGGCUUGUUGUCACCGUCCUUCACAUUACACAUUGUCCUGAUGGGCAGUUUGUGGGCAAGUAUGAGACGGUUGUAUUCUACUGGCCUUCCCUCCUGUGCCUGGCCUUCCUGCUGGUCCGCUUCAUGCACAUGUUUGCCAAGUCUCUGCGGGUCCACCUGGGCUGGGAGCACCAGAUGGAAAACAAGCCUUUCCUGGAAGCACACCAGGCGGAUCAUGUCAAGCGGCUACUGAGGAAACCCCACCUGCUAGAGAGAAAAAAAUCUUGGUUCCAAACCAGGAUAUAUGAAUGGGAUCCCUGUUUUCAGUUCCCAAGCAGAAUGAUUGGAACCACUGUGUUGGCGUUUAUCUGCCUGUACCUUUUCAUUAUCAUUGAGUUCUGCAUGUUUACGUAUGUGAGAGAUGAACUGAACGUGAUUGAAAGUGCACUGGAGACCUACCUCACCUCUGUGAACCAAACCGGGAUCCUAACCCCAGUCAUCCUGAAAGUGAAAGAGCUGAUAAAUGUUGCCAAAGGAGUCUGGCUGGUGACCAUUUUGCCUGCCUCCCUCACCUGUGUGAGCUAUCUGUUCCACAUUUUGGCCUGCUACAGAAAACAUAUGAAAAGGUUGUGGGCAGGGAACAGACACUUUCUCCCUUUGAAGUUCCAUAACCCUUCCUCGUCAGAGAGUGUGGUGGCUAUUGCAAGGUACUCCGGCUGGCAAAUAGCUUAUAUCCUAUGGGGCUACCUCAUCCUCCACGUGAUGCAGAGCCUGUGUGGCAUGGUGAUCAUGUACAGCCUGGUGUUGCCCAUCGUCCACGAGCAAGGCCUGGAGAUGCUCCGAGAGCUGGGCAUUGGCUUCCUCACCAUAUCCAUCGUCCUGGGUAUCAUGAUCCUGCAGGUGUGGAUGGCCACCAGGUUCUUCCUGCAAUCCAAGAUGGAAACAGCUGACAGGCAGAAGCCCUUGGCUCUCAACAAUAGGAAAGCAUUCCACAACUUCAACUACUUUCUGUUCUUCUACAACGUGCUGCUGGGCCUGGGUGCCUGCCUCUCCAGGCUGCUCAUCAGCUGCAUCCUGGGCUCGUGGCUGAUCGCUCGCAUCGACAGGACCAUCCUGCAGAAGGGCUACGAGGGAUCAGACAUGGGGUUCAAAGCGUGGAUCGGCAUGCUCUACGUGGAUCAUUACCAUACCAACCCGGUGCUGGUCAGCUUCUGUCACAUCCUGAUCACAGGCCACAGGGAAAGGAGGCUGCAGCAGGCCAUCAUAUAUUGGUACCUAAAUCAAUCAGCAGGUCCCCGCAUCUCAAGGAGGUCCAGGACGAGAUGGCUUCUGCUGCUAACCCUGAUCAACAACCCCAGACUGGUUGUGCUAAGAAAAUCAAAGCUAGGCUACAGCUCCCAGGAGUUGGGCCAGAUUCUACUGGCAUGCUCAUAG